AGGAUCAAAGACUUCUCCCGCUCCUAUCGUCCGACUUUAGUCUUGCCAAGUUCAGAGCCAAUUUAGCUGAUUCAUCGCAAUCGCCGUUUGGCUUCAAUGAGGAUCUGCAUGAGCUUGUCUACACAAGCGAGUUCCGUGAACGCGUUAUACACUACGAAGCAGUGUGGCGGGCGAUCUUGCAACAAGCCGCCAAUGAAGGAAAGAAAAACUUAUUUUCAAGAUUCGGAACAAGCUUUGAGCGUGGUUGCUAUUUGGGCUGUGCGCAGGUGGGGAAUUGACGAGAGGAGAGAACUGAUAGUGCGGGAAUCAUAGGCUUUGGGGAUGGAUGGAUGUGGGCCUAUUGAGAGGAAAGGAAGCUAUCGAUGAUGACUGCGCGUUGACUUUGCAAUAUUAUAGAGGGAUGUAUGCUGACGCUG